UUUCCAUUGGAACCUUUUAUUAUGAAUGAAUUAUGGAUCAGAAAGAAAUGUAGUUUGCCGUGCAUGAAAACCGUAGGCGUAUCAAAGAGUUUCUGAUGAUAUAGAGAUGCUUGUCAUUAAUGGUGUGCUUCUGCAGCUCUUCUCUGAAAGCUCUGACACGUGUGACACCGUGAGCUCUGUAUUGUUGACGCUCUUCAGCAGUGAAUUGGCUCCUGGCUCCAGCAUAAAAACUCAACUCAGCAGCUGGUCAGCAAAUCACAUCCUGACGCUUUUACUGUGGAUUUGCUUGAUAAGCAGUGCAUGCUGGGAAGGGCAGCGCAGGCCAAGGGCACUUCAAUCCAUUCAGCCAACAAACACCAGCAUUUCUCACUUCUCAUAAGUCUUAUUGCUGUUUUUUCAGACUCCCUGACAUGUUAUUUCUUAUAAUUAAGGUGCAAGCCCCGAAGAUGCUGUGGCUCCUACUGCAUCUGCUCUCUCUCUCUGAUUUAGAGUCAGAGCAGUGGAGACUCCAGUCCAGCAGGGGGCGGAAGUGCGACCUGACUCCGCCCACAACAAAGAUGGCGCCUCCCGUAGAACACGAGGAUUCAUGUGAACAAGAGGAGGCUGCAGAGGAGCCCAAAACACCAAAGAUCCGAGACACACCAGAGGACAUCAAGCUAGAGGCCAUUGCCAACACGAUCGCAUUCCACCCCAGCCAAGACAUCCUGGCAGCUGGAGACAUUGAUGGAGACCUCUACCUAUUCUCGUACUCCUGCGCUGAAGGAGCAAACAAAGAGCUUUGGUCAUCAGGACAUCAUCUGAAGUCCUGCAGGAAAGUGCUGUUCUCCGGCGAUGGACAGAAGCUCUUCAGCGUGUCUAAAGACAAGGCCGUUCACAUCAUGGACGUGGAGGCUGGGAAACUGCUGACACGCAUCCCCAAAGCUCACAAGGCCCCCAUCAACGCCCUGCUGCUGGUGGAUGAGAAUAUCUUUGCGACGGGCGAUGACGAGGGAAUGCUGAAGGUCUGGGACGUGAGGAGCGGAACCUCGUUCAUGGAUCUGAAGCAGCAUGAGGAUUUUAUCAGUGAUAUCACCAUCGAUCAGGACAAGCGGACCCUGCUCACUUCCAGUGGCGACGGCACGAUGGGUGUGUUCAAUAUAAGAAGACGAAGAUUUGAACUGCUUUCCGAGUUCCAGAAUGGAGAUCUUAACUCUGUUUGCAUUAUGAAAAGAGGCCGUAAGGUCGUUUGUGGAUCCGGCGAGGGCAAAAUCUACAUUUUUAACUGGAAUGGUUUUGGUGCCACCAGCGACCGGUUUGCGGUUCAGGCCGAGUCCGUGGAUUGUAUCGUGCCGAUCACUGACAGCAUUCUGUGUGCCGCCUCCACCGACGGAGUCAUCAGAGCUGUGAGUGUCCUGCCGAACCGUGUUCUGGGCAGCGUCGGGCAGCAUGCCGGCGAGUCCAUCGAGGAGAUCGCGAGAUCCAGAGACACACGCUUCCUCGCCAGCUGCGCUCACGACCAGCUCGUCAAGUUCUGGGACAUCUCCAGCUUACCAGACACCAGAGUCAGCGAUUACCGGCGGAGAAAGAAGAGAGACCGACGCCUCAAAGCUCUGAGUAAUAAAGCUUUCGACACGGGACAGGAUUUCUUCGCCGGACUUUUAGACUCAACUGAAGAAAACAGGAAUAAAGAAGAUGAAGAGGAGGAGGAGGAGGAGGACAGUGACAGCGGGAGCGACUGAAAAUACUUAACUCCUGCAAUACUGUGUUGCCAUUUCUAUAUUUCAUGUAUAUUUUCUGAAUCUGUUUCACUCACACGCACACAUUAAAUUAUAUGCCAUUACACAUCUGUAUUUGUAUAAUAUAUCAUUUAGAAUACAUGCUGUGCUGUCAUAAACUUUGUUACAUUCUUUGCCCAAGAAACAUAAAAUAACACGUUCACAUGAAACAGACAGUAUUUGAAACAAACGUUUCUUUGUGACCCUGGAGCACAAAACCAGUCAUAAGGGUCAAUUUAUU